AGGCCUGGCUGCUGCUGCCUACAGCCCCUGGCUCUGGCUCUCCCAGUGCCCCCUGCAUCCCACCCGGCCCCCCACCUCGCCUGCUGCUCCUGGGCUGGUCCCUUAACUUCACCAAGACAAGGGCCGUCACACAUAAAAUGGGGGUGUUCAAGAAAGCGAGCCCAAAUGGAAAGCUCACCGUCUACCUGGGGAAGCGGGACUUUGUGGACCACAUCGACCUCGUGGACCCCGUGGACGGUGUGGUCCUGGUGGAUCCUGAGUACCUCAAGGAGAGGAGAGUCUAUGUGACACUGACCUGCGCCUUCCGCUAUGGCCGGGAGGACCUGGACGUCCUGGGCCUGACCUUUCGCAAGGACCUGUUUGUGGCCAAUGUGCAGUCCUUCCCGCCGGCCCCCGAGGACAAGAAGCCCCUGACGCGGCUGCAGGAGCGCCUCAUCAAGAAGCUGGGCGAGCACGCCUACCCGUUCACCUUUGAGAUCCCUCCGAACCUCCCGUGCUCGGUGACGUUGCAGCCAGGGCCUGAGGACACAGGGAAGGCCUGCGGUGUGGACUAUGAAGUCAAAGCCUUCUGUGCAGAGAACCUGGAGGAGAAGAUCCACAAGCGGAAUUCUGUGCGCCUGGUCAUCAGGAAGGUUCAGUAUGCCCCGGAAAGGCCUGGCCCCCAGCCCACAGCCGAGACCACCAGGCAGUUCCUGAUGUCAGACAAGCCGUUGCAUCUCGAGGCCUCCCUGGAUAAGGAGAUCUAUUACCACGGAGAACCCAUCAGCGUGAAUGUCCACGUCACCAACAACACCAACAAGACCGUGAAGAAGAUCAAGAUCUCGGUGCGCCAGUAUGCAGACAUCUGCCUCUUCAACACAGCGCAGUACAAGUGCCCCGUGGCCAUGGAAGAGGCAGAUGACACGGUGGCCCCCAGCUCAACGUUCUGCAAGGUCUACACGCUGACCCCCUUCCUGGCCAACAACCGAGAGAAGCGGGGCCUCGCUCUGGAUGGGAAGCUCAAGCAUGAAGACACAAACCUGGCCUCCAGCACCCUGUUGAGGGAAGGAGCCAACAGAGAGAUCCUGGGCAUCAUCGUUUCCUACAAAGUCAAAGUGAAGCUAGUGGUGUCUCGGGGCGGCCUGUUGGGAGACCUUACGUGCAGUGAUGUGGCCGUGGAGCUGCCCUUCACCCUGAUGCACCCCAAGCCCAAAGAGGAACCCCCACACCGAGAAGUUCCAGAGAACGAGGCACCAGUAGAUACCAAUCUCAUAGAACUUGACACAAACGACGACGACAUUGUGUUUGAGGACUUUGCCCGUCAGAGACUGAAAGGCAUGAAGGACGACAAGGAGGAGGAGGAGGAUGGUACUGGCUCUCCACGGCUCAACAACAGAUAGACUGGGGCCAGCCCAGCCCGGGCAGCUCCAGGUCCUCCCUCCUGCUCUAGGCUGCUCGUUUGUCUUCUUCCUGUCCUGGUGCCCCGUCCCCUUCGUUCUUCCAGUUUCUACCAGGGGGCCCAGUGGUCUUCCAGGCUGUGGUGGUGAGCCUCCGGCCUCAGGACGGGCCCCGCACCCCCAUGCUCGCAGGGCCACCUGCGCCACCAUAGCCCUCUCACUGCAGUCACCUUUUCAUCCCCUUUCUCCCUGCUGACCCUCAGAGAGGCCACCGUGGCUCUGGCCUUGGACUUUGACCUGGGAUGGGGAACAGCGGGGAGGAUAGGGCGUUGGGCUUGGCGGGGUGGGGAUGCGGGGUCCAGACUGUGAGAGAAUGUCCACGGUCCCAGGUGGCUAGUGCAGUCUGGCAGCUAAAGGAUGACCACGCCAAAGGCCACUGUCUUCUGGCUGGGCCCGCAGCCUGUGGAUGGAUUCUCAAUGCCUGUUUGCAGUUCUGACCCACUAAACACCGUUCUCCUACGCCCAUCCCUGCCCCAUGUCCCUCUGCAUCUGACAGUGACAUUGGUAUAAACCCCAGGAGUGGAGAAAAGCGACUGGACUUUCUUACCAGCAGUUACCUGGUCUAGGGCAAGCAGCGUGAACUAGCCCAAGAGUAUUUCAGUGUUGUCAGGGUGUGGUCUCCUAGCUACCUGGCAUCUUACCCAUGUUGUCCUGUGAAUAAACAUGCGUAGAGAGAGAAAGUAAGGAAGGGGUACUUUCUUCAGAAAGUACUCCCUGCCCCCGCUUCCAGGCAGGAUGAGCUGAAGCUCCAAAGGAGGUGUCCUGAGGGUGGCUCUGAGAAGUGGGCGCAGGGGCCGGAAGGGGAGAGUCUUCCCUGUUCCCUUCUUUGUGGACUUGAAACUGGUGAACCCGUGGGAAGCAAGGCUGGAAAUCCAGGGGGCGCUCGGGACACCAGUGUCCUCCUCCCUUCCCUUGCAGUUCUUCUGGGCCAGGCUGGACUGGCUCUGCAGGCUGGGACACAGUGCUUGAGGCCACCGUGCCCACAGGCAAAAGGGGUCCUUCCUCAGAAGGUGGCAGGGUCCUUUGGGAUACCCUCACCUAAAAGGGGGCUGCCGGGCAGCAAGGCACCCUUUGUUUCCUUGGGGAGUUGAUGACCCCCUCAGUGGUUCCCAGUGCCAUGGGGACCCCGCACCCAUUGGCUGGUGUGUGUGGUUGAUGUCUGGGGUGUUGCUAGGGUAACAGGGCAGGCAGGUGAUGAGGUGGAAAGUGUUCGAAGGUCUCUGUUGUUGUCUGGUCUUUGAUACUCUCUUACUCUGUGUCCUUGGGCAGGUUCCUUUCCCUUUCUGGGCCUCAGUUUGCCACGUAGAAAACCAAGGGCUUUGACCUGAUGAUCACAAGGGGCCCUCCCAGCUCUGUCCUCCAAGAACUUGUGAACAUUAAAGUUUCUGGCUUAGUGGGUGGAGCCAGAGCCACUGACUCUGUUCUGUGCCUCCAGAGGGGCUCACUGGUCAGACCCUGGAGGUAUCAGGGCCAUGGAGAGCUUUACUUCCCCACGGCAGGCCUGAGUAGGACCCUUGUUGGACCUGGGGGGCUUGCCUGACGUCAAGGCGUGGCCAUAGCUAACAUGGGAGCUGCCCGGCCCUGGGGCCUGAGUAUGAAGGGAGGACAGAGCUUGCAUUUGCUGAGCUUCCAGCAGGGCCAGAGGGCUGCUGGUGACAAGGCCUCCAGUAACACAGCCGCUGUGGAUGUGGACACCUGAGCUCCACCUUAUACCCAAGCAAGCACACUGAUUUAUGGGGCAAGGGGCUCUCUCCUCAAUUCCUGCUUCCUUCUCUCUCUAGCCCAUACUUGCCUGAGAAGGGAGACAACAGAAAUUUCAUUACACAAGUUGAAUCUCAACACUUUUCAGUCCAGGCUCCCCUGGGGUGGACUGGGCAGUCACUUCCCAGGGUGAAGCCACUUCACCAGCUCCUGGCUCUGCAUCAAGCCCUUCCCUUCGGCCUCUCAUGAAGACUCAACCCUAGGGAACCCUACUCAGGUGAGAAUCCAGUCACCUUGGACAGUCACACUCCCCUGGCCAGUCCCGGGGUCCUAGCUGCGGGUACUCCGGGCACCAAGCCCCUUACCAGAGCUCACUGAGUGGUUUGCACUCCAUCGGGCAGCUGUAGAGCUGAAGGAAUGCUGGAACAAUGUGCCACGAGCAUGUGGUCACCAGGGUCUUCUUUGGGAACCUUUGGAGCUGGGAUAAGACCCUUUAGGAUUUGGGGUAAUCACUCCGCUCCACACCUCCUCCUCCAUCUCUAACCUGUGCACAUGAAAGACUUGCCACUGGUUUCUUGAGCUUCCACCCCACCAACAUCUCCCUCACCCUUUUGGGUUUAUCUCCAAGGUUACCCGAAGCUUCUCCAGCUGCAAGAAGCAUCAUAGUCCCAUCUAGCCUUUUACUCUUUGGGUUCAGGGCUGCAGAAGGGCAGUGGUCAAGUUCAUUUGAAUUUGGCUUCCAUCCUGCGCUGAUACCUUAAUUGCUCAGUGCUGAGCACCGAAAACACAGAGAUCAGUUAGUCCCAGGCACUGUCCCAGAGAGCUUGUGGCCAGGGAAAGUCAUGGGGGAAGAAUGGGGCCAUGUUAUUCAUGGCCCCAGGGCCAUUCCUCAUCCACAUAGUGCCUUGCGUGAAUCAGGAACAGUGCCCCUUCCAGGUGGACUCCGCCUACGCUAGAAUGGACAGCUCUGUAAAGGGUAUCCAGGCUGCAGUGUAGCCCUGCUCGCCCCUGGACUGGGUGCCCUCCUGCAAGCCAUGCACUGCAGCUCGGGGGCCCUUGGACCCAUGUUUCCUCUGUCCUCUUCCUGUGAGAAAAGCCCAGCUCCUCUUCCCAAGCUUCUGGUUGGCUUUAGACCCUUGCAGCCCCCAAACAUGACUGGGCCCCUCUCUGCGAGCCCCUCUCCUGGAGUCAGGUGAGACCCCGGAGGGAAACCAGUGGGUUGGGAGCACCCACUGGGCCCCAGGCCCCAGCCCACAGCGUCAGUUCAUUCUGUGCACGAAGUUGGGUCCCGUGCUGAGCACACUGCCACACUGGGACUCGCCAGUGGGCGUGAAGGUGGCACAUAGGUAGCAGUUUAGGGUGGAAGGAAGACCGUGGCCCUGAGUGAAAAUCCCCAGGCAGAGGGUCAGCUGGGCUCCUCCACAUUCCAACUAUGAGAAGAAUCAGUCCCAGUGAACCUAAGGACUGGUUAUCUGCUGGACCCCACCGGCCUCCUCAGCCUCGGUGGUACUGUGUCAGCUGGGGAGUCACUGAUAAGCUGGUUCCCGCUGCGCUGGGAGAAGCAUGCUGGUCUAAAAGCCCAAGGUGCCUCUGUGUCCUCAUUGUCAUUACUCAGCUGAGUAGCCUUGAGCAAGUCACUCAACCUCUCGGCCUCAGUUUCCCUGACUGUAAAAUGGGACAGCAAUCCCUUCCCCACUUGCCUCAAGGAAUUGUAAGGCUCAGGUGAAUAGCAGUCAGUAGACUUGAAAGUCAGCCCUGUACAUUGCAAAUGGCGGCACAGGCUAUUGCCCUGCCACUGCAGGGGAGUGGUCCAAGGCCAUAGAGGAAGUUAGCUGUGGCCUUCUGGUCAUCUCAUUUAGGCAGAUGUCAACCAGAAGGAGAUGCAGCCAGGUUGGCUUUGGUGACCCAGCUGAGGGGAACACGGAGGCGCUAUUCAGGAGUACCACACCUCAGAUAAUGGUCCCAGCAAUCAGGACAGAGACACAAGACAUGGGUAUUGUCGGUGAUUGGGGCACUGGGCCCAGGUUGGUGAGGACCCCCAGCCCCCAGUCCCAAAUCACUUCUCCAUCAAAGAACCCAAGGGUGAUAAGGAAUAGAAAUUGCCUGCUCCUUCCCUUCAAGGUACAAGGCCCCUUCCAGUGUCAACCAGAGCUGCCAGUACUUCAUGAUGAUACUUGGGACAUACCUGGGACACUUGGGGAAAACCCAGGCCUCUUACACGCGGUGCUGAGCUGCAGCUGACCUGUCCCCCAGUGGUUCCGGCAGCCCACAAAGGUGGAUUCUCUCCUACCAGUGACUGGGGAUGGGACAUCCUCAACCCAUCCUGGAGGAAGACAUUAGGCCCCAAUCUUGAACUCUUUCAGGGUCUCAUGGUCAUAGGCCUAUGCCUGUUCUGAUGUUUUUCCUUUUCAAGUCAACAAGGACCAAAACACGCUCCCCCACCCUCGCGCAUGAGCCCGCAUCUGGGCCCGGGCAGCUCCACCACUUCGUUCUCCCUCCGGGACCUGAACGGCCAACCCGCCGGGGCAGGCUCUCCACCUCUGAUGCUCGCUGGCAGGGCCACUGCACAGUGGCUUCAGAGAGAGGCCUGUGGAGGGGCGCAUCCUUUCCCCAUCACUCUCUCCCAACCCUUCACCCCAAAAGGGAAGUCGAAGCACAGGUCCCAUGGACCCAUGAUCUGUAGACACUCUGACACAGUGGUUUUCCAGCCAGGUGCUGUGGAACCCCUGCUGUUCCACAGCACCUUGGCAGGGCUGUUGAAGUGGGGAGGGAGGGAUGGAGGCAGGGCUAGGUCUCCAGCCCUGCCCCCACCCCCACUCCCACCAUAGCAGCUCUGCUCUUAUGUCUUGCCUACUGAAGUUUCGCCUUCAAAGUUUCUUUUGGAGAAAAAAAUUUCUUCAAACCAUGAUUCCAAGGUUUGAUAUUAGACCAGCAGGCACACGUUCUGCCCUUGCUCUUCCUGGUGGAAUGGCUGUAGUGUUCCAACACUGGGUACCUUUGUACCGGAACUCAGGUCACAGGCCCAGGCCCAGCCAUUUGCUUAUUCACACACACACACACACACACACACACUUUGUCAUUUGGGGAUUUUGUAGCCCCCUACCCUAAAGCUUGGGCCUAGGUUUCAUUUGGGCAGGGGCCUGGUGCUCGGUGACUGGGGGUCAUGACCCUGACAUUGGCCCAUGCAGUGUGGGGGGCUGUGGGGCGUGGAAACAGGCCCAGCCCUCUCCUAGGACUCGUGUCUGCACCCCAGUAGGACACCCAGCUCUCCUGGCCCAGGCACGAGGGAUGACCGAAGGAGCAGUGUGGUGAGAGGAGACACUAGAGUCAGGCUCUUUACAUGUGGACAGGUGGAUGGCAGUCCAGGUUUCUUACAGGAAAUGCUGAGGCAGGACUUUACAGCCAAAGUCCCUCCUGUGAGGGCAGGACCUGCCCAGAGAUGUUCCAGGCAGCAAGUUUCCCUCAAGCGAUUCUGCCAGGACUCUGCUCCCACCUUUGUGGGCAGUGGCGUGUGUGGGCUGCAGGAGGGUGCCUGAGGGAGGCUGGUCCCGUACCUGCAGUCUCCCGAACUCUCUCCCUGCCAGCCUGCCCCUUUGCCUGGGUCCCUCAUCAGGGCUGAGGGCGGGCACCUUGGUGAGAUCUGGACCAGCCCUUGACACAGCAUCCUGCCCCUCGCCCACCCAGAGCAUUCGAGGUGUAAAUGUGAGGCUCAGGGCGCUGCAAGCCAUAUGGCAUGGAAGAAAGUGUGCCAUCUGACGCUCUACGUUCAGUCCGAGUGUGUCCUGGGGACCCGCUGACCUCAGUGUCUCUGUGUGUGCUGUGGGGCUAGCGCCAGGCUCUGCCCACCUCACGGGAAUUACCACUGCAAGGAUCAUGAAAGGAGUGGGUACCAGAGGUGCUUUCGCAGGAGAAGCGGGAGCCUCACAAACUGGGGGUGGGAUCGUUGCCUGCGCUGCAGAUCAACAGAGCGCUCAGGGGAACAAAUGUGGGGUGCACAGUCCUUCUGGAACGUGUCUGCUCCGUGGAGCCAGCCACAGACCCUGGGGGCGGGAUGGGGGCAGGAGCACCUCUUCCCACUCAGUGGGAGUCAGCACUCAGCCUGCUGCAAGUCCUGGAUGUGGGGACUGGUGGGUGACUGGGACAGCUCUCCAGGUCGGUGGCCCUUCUGUGAAGUGAUUAUUUUGUGAUACUCUCAUUCCUGGGCCAUCUGCCAGGUUUAUUUGUUGUACCUGUGGCAUUCCUUAUUAUCUCAGAUAAGUUAUUGCAGUUUAUUCAACUCUAACAGGACAGUGAACAAAAGAACUACAAAUAGAUGUCCAUUAAAGGUCUUUUGUGACAGGU